AAUUACAGCCAUUUAGCCGCGCGUCGUGUGACGUCAUUUGCGGGAUGUGCGGUUUUGCAAAUGAGAAAAACAGUUUAAACAAAUAUUUUUAAUACAAAAAUGGAAAGUGUGCGUCCAUGUGGAUGUAAAGGAAUAAGAACUUGUUUAAUUUGUGAAAAAGAAUACUCCAUUUCAAAACCGAAUCUCGCGGCUGAACUUCAGAAACAAACAAGUUAUGUUUAUUGCCCUGGCUGCGAUAAAGCUUGGCCUGGUUGGGAAUACAACGAAUUCAAACUUCAUCCGAAUCAUUCCGGAAAAUCGAUUGAUUUUCCCGGCGUUUAUAUUCAGGAAGACUUUUUGAGUGAUGAGGAAGCCCAUUCGUUGAUAAACGACCUAGAUUCCUUGCCCUGGGAAAUUUCCCAAAGCGGUCGAAGGAAACAGAACUACGGGCCAAAAUGUAACUUUAAAAAAAGACGUCUGCGAUUAGGAUCAUUUGACGGAUUUCCAAAAACGACCCGAUUCGUUCAAGAAAAGUUUGCGAAGGUUCCACUUCUUGAAAAUUUUCAAACCGUGGAACAAUGUAGUCUCGAGUACAAUUCUGAGCGAGGAGCUUCCAUUGAUCCUCAUAUCGACGAUUGUUGGAUCUGGGGAGAAAGAAUCGUGACAGUUAAUAUAAUUGAGGAUUCGGUUUUGAGCAUGAUUCCUUAUCGAAAUUUAAAAAAACGGUACAAUCUAGAUUAUGUCUCUACGCAAAAGCUUCUAGAUGGAGAUGAAAGUUUGGGAGAAGAGCCGAAAUUUGAAGAUAUUGUGGUCAGGAUUCCGAUGCCUGAAAGAUCUUUAAUCGUCCUUUAUGGCGCUGCAAGGUAUUCUUGGGAACAUGCAGUCCUGCGAGAAGAUAUAAAUUCACGACGUGUGUGUCUUGCUUAUCGAGAAUUAACCACUCCUUAUCUUCCAAAUGGAUCACAGAGUCAGGAGGCAACAGAAAUUCUCGAAAAGGCAACGAAAUUUUGGAUCUGAAAAUCCGAAAUUAUCCAACCUGCUGAAUCACAUAUGCAAGAUCUACGUAGUAAAUGAGAGAGAGUGAAAAAAAGGAGGAUUGUGAAAUUGUACAGACCACAAAAAGUGCGUUGACAGCGCAGAGAAGGUACUUGAUGAGGCGAAGGCCCAGGUCUAGGUGUGUGACCGCCAUCCUCUCCUGGGAAAUUCGACAGGCACUAGGUCCACUCGACGAAAAUCGAAAAUUUGAGUACCAGCUUGAAUAACUCUGACAAUGGCGAACGUUAUUAGAAUUUAUCAGGUAGGUGUGCGCUGCGCUCUUAUCUCCACCGAUAAUGAAGAACGAUAAGAAAAACCAGCAACUCUUGCAGGUGGUUUCAAUUGUGCACAGAGUCUUUUUGUGCUGAUAUAUAGGAACUUGUCACGUUGUGUUGUGUCGUGGCUUGACAUUGAUUCCCCUUCCAUUCUGAGACCUUCUUGAAUCAACAAAUGGAUGUCUUCACUACGCGAUAGACUUUUUCGGAUUCCACAAAUCGUUUUAAUUUCUUAAAGAAGUUUGGAAAAGAAAAAUAAGGUUUUUAUUGGCAAUAGAAAAAUCUAUUUAUUUUAAAAAGUAAUAGAGAAUACAUAUUUUCAAAUCAGAGAUUAUCUUCUGCUCUCAUUUAGGAUAGACAUUUUUUGUUUAAUUCAAAAACUGAUACAAAUUAUUUGUGUUUGAAAUUUUCAUUAUUUGCAGAUAUUUCUCAAUCUCAUUUCUUUUUCACUUUUCUCAUUAAAAUUAAAAAAAAAGUAGACUGUAAGAAGUUUUUUGGGGUUUCUCCGUAAAGUUAUAGUGUCUAGUGCCCUGAAAAUUCUUGAAAACCUGGAAAAGUUCUUGAGUUUUGUUGAUGGUCCUGGAAUUUGUAUGCCUUAAAAGAAAAAAGAGGUUUUUGAACUUUCUCGCCGCUGAACCCUUUUUUUGACAGUUUUCAUCUAAUUUCUAUUUUUUUUUUGCAAGUAAAAAAAUAUUUAUUUUAUCACGGUGUUAUGCGCAAAAGAAC